UUGGGGAGGAGUACAUUACAGGGAAGCUGAAGCCGUGAAGCCUAGUGCCGAGUGCUGACUACUGAGCGAGGAGCAGAGAAAGAGAUGGUUAAGAGCUGCAAAUGUAAGAACAGAGAAAUUUCAUAAAAUUUUGAAUUGGACUUCGUGAGAGACGUAAAAGUUUGUGUUUGGUUGAAAUCGAAAUGGAUUACGAAAGAAUCGCAAAGCCUCAGGGAUGCGGCGUUAAUGGCGGUGGAUUAUCGCCAGGAAAGUUGAGGAAUAUGCUCUUGGGAAUGGGAGUGGAGAAGAAAAGAAAAGAAGAGGAGGAAGAGAUUGAAUCUGAUUAUGAUAAUUGUAAAGAUGUUGAUGUGGUGAGUGUAGUUCCAGAGCCUCAGUGUUCCACGUCAUCAAAUGCUCAACAGAGACUACCGAUUGCUCCUUUCUCAAAACCGGCGCCGUCGAAAUGGGACGAUGCACAGAAGUGGAUAGUCAGUCCUAAUUCCAAUAGGCCAAGAAAUCCGGUCACUGGAGUCCGGAAGGGUGGAAUCAGCCGUCAGUCCUCCACUAAAGUUCUUCUUGAAGUUCAAACAGAUCAAACUCUACUUGAGGAGCCACAUACAAAGCGGAUUGAUCUUCAUCUUGAUCAGCGGAAAAAGUUUGUUCCUUUUGAGGCCCAUUCAUAUGCCAACCCUGUGCUUAUGAUUGAAAAUUCUGUAGCACAAUCAGCUGUUAAUCUUAGCCGUCAUGAUUCAUCUGUAGCUAUACAGAGUGCAACUACGUUUAUUCCACCUCCUUCAACAGCUAGAUCUGUAUCAAUGAGAGAUAUGGGAACAGAAAUGACCCCCAUUGCUAGCCAAGAACCUUCCAGAACUGGAACUCCUGUGAGAGCCACUACACCGAUGCGAAGCCCGACCUCAUCUAGGCCGUCAACUCCUGGUAGAACUGCACCAGCUCCAUCUCCUACAAAUCCUCUGAAUGAUCAUUUGGAUCUGAAUAACGAGUUGUCUGAGAAGGAGCUACAGAUGAAAACUAGAAGAGAAAUAAUGGUUCUUGGUACUCAGCUUGGUAAAAUGAACAUUACUGCCUGGGCCAGCAAAGAAGAGGAGGAUAAGGAUGCAUCUACUUCACUAAAAAAUGUAGCAGUAGAACAGCGAACCAAAAGUGUCAUCGACGCACGUGCAGCAGCAUGGGAGGAAGCAGAGAAAGCCAAAUAUAUGGCCAGGUUCAAACGUGAAGAGAUGAAAAUUCAGGCAUGGGAGAAUCACCAAAAAGCAAAAACAGAAGCUGAGAUGAGGAAAAUUGAGGUAGAGGUUGAAAGGAUGAGAGGGCGAGCCCAUGAUAGAUUGAUGAACAAAAUGGCAGCUGCAAGACAUAAGGCCGAAGAGAAGCGAGUAGAGGCAGAGGCCAAGAGAAACCAGCAAGCAGCAAAAACAGAGCAGCAAGCAGAGUAUAUACGAAGAACUGGCCGCAUUCCUUCCUCAUUUUCUUGCUGGAGUUGGUGCUCUUGA